UUUUACCUAGGCUUAGUUUUUUUUGUUGAACCCGGUUUUUUUUAAGUAGUUAUCCCGUAUUGAAAGAUUUUUUUUUAUUGAACAAUGAUCCUCUUGGACUAUUAUAAAUACCAAGAAGUUCUAUUUCAUAUUUAGGCUUAACAUCAUUCUUUGAAAUUUAUGUAAAUUCGGUAUGGAGGAAAUGGAAGUUGAUUCGGUAUCGGACCAAAAGUUACCUUUUGAUUUAUGGAGAAAAUUUAAAAGUAUGUUCACAUUUAUCAUGGACGAAGAAGCAGAUUCAUUAGACGAGCACGCAAACAUUAUGAGUGAAGUGCUUAGUAAAAUGGGCGAACAGGAAGGAGUAUUUAGUCCUUUUAUCGGCGUCAAAGGAAAUACAAUAAGUGUUGAUUAUUAUAAAGAAUUUACUAUUUGGAUAAUUGGCCAACUUGUAAAAAUCAUCAGCCUCGAAAGUUUUACACCGUUGCAUAACAAUUCAAUUCACAGCCAAACAUGUUUAUUAGAAGUUCUUUCAUGCCAAAAUACGUACAUAUAUGAAUGUGCUAUUAGUGCAUAUGCUAAUUUUAUAACAAAAAUGUCAAAAAAUCUUCCCUAUAAGAAAUGGCCAAUUGUUAUCACGUGGUGUGAACCUGAUGAGUAUUUUUGUACUCAAGUGUGUUCAAUUAAUUUUACUUCAAUCAAUAUCUCCAUUAAUGACUAUAAUAGUUAUUUAAAUUUGUUACUUCAACUGUUGAAGUUGUUUAAUACAAAAGUAUUUUCAAUAAAUUACUUAAGUAAAAACAUUACAAUUCAGUUUUGGAAUUCAAUAACAUUAGCCAUAAAUAACACUCGCGCGGUUCCAAUCAAAUCCACCGGUCUUGAGUUAAUUUUACACAUGUUAGCUUCUACAUCGCAUAGAAGAUUUUUUCAAAUGUUAGAUGAUGUUUAUGAACUUUUACUAAACACAAUCAGUAUUGUUUGUAAUGAUUGUUAUGCUUCAGAAGAAUUCAAUGGUCUACAAAAUAUUAUAAGCAAUAUUUUCGAGACUAUACGUAAAUCAGGACCAAUUUGUGGUUUUCCAAUUAAUAUGGAAAUAAUAAAAAUAGUUUCAAAGCUGUUAUUAUCUGAAAAAAUUAAAGUUUCUAAUCAACUUUCUGAAUCAAUGUGCAAUAUUAUAAAAUCAAUCCUAGAAGACCAAAUGAUUUACUCUACUGUUGUUUUAGAAAAACUACCUAUAAAUCGGUUGAUAGAUUUAUUGAAUUUAACUGGAACUGUGGAACUACUGGAGUUUUUUAUUUUACAAGAAAUAUUACAAAGUAAAGAAAAAAUUAAUAAAGAACCAAAUGGCGAAAACGAUUUCUUCGAAACUAACACAAAAGAAGAUAAUAAUUUAUUAAUGCAAAGUUCGAUUUGGCAUCAACUCUGGGAAAAAUUAUCUAAAAUUAUCAAGUCAACAACUGAAAAACUCACACUAGAUGAAUACCAAAUUAUCAAUGCAAUUCUUCGGCUUGCUCGUUGUUUAGAUACAAAAUUGAGUUGGGAAACUUACCAACUAUUCCAAAAUAUUAAUAUUGAUAAAUUACUAGAAAAAAUAUUGGUUUACGUUGUAAAUCAUGUAAAUUACCACACACUGGAAACAUUGAUAACUUCGUGUGGAAGCUUAAUAUGUUUGAAAGAAUGUAUUUCCUUUCCACCAAACAAUGUUAAAACAUUGAUAGCAGUUCUUACAUUACCAUGGGCAAGUACUUCCAACAGUAUAGUUAAGACACUGUCAUUUUACAAACAUUUAAACACAAUGUCUAUUAAAUAUUCUGUCAUGCUUAAAAAUACAAAAAUAAUGCAAUGUUGUUUGAUGUAUAUCAGCCAAACUAAUGAGAACAUUUGCUUCGAUGUACGAGAAAAAAUAAUUUUUGCGUCAUUCAGUAAAACAGAUUUAUGCAAAACUUCUUUACGUAACUUGCCUUUUUUGUUUCAUAGAAAAAACAAUCACAACGUCUCUGCUUUAUUUGACGUUAUCAAACAGUUUGACGAUAGUACUAUUGUUUGUUUUGUGCAGAAUCUAAGAAUUUUAUUGUGUGCUAUGUAUGGUAAAACUGUUUUGCUCAAGAACAAAGUUACUUGUCGUGAAGAGUUAUUUUGUAUUGACUGUGAUAACAAUAAAUUCAGUUCAGAACAAGAAAUAUCUCCACAUAGCAAGAUUUAUGCCAAUAAAUUGAAUGAAUUUUGGAAUGUCGUGCUUCUCUCGCUUGUCAAUAAUUCAACUAUGCAUAUCAGAUGUGAAGUUAUUAAAAUGAUGCCGAAAAUAAUCAAUCAUUUUCAACCAGACAACAACUUUAAAAGUCAAAUGCUAACUCUAAUCCAAGAUAAAAACGAAAGUGUACGAAUUCAGUGUUCUAAAGUGUUAAAUUAUGUAAUUUUUGAAAAAGAUCCGACUGGUGAUUUACAAAUAGACGAUUCACUUUUUAUACACACUUUAAACAUUCUCUGCACGACAGCAAACGACAGUCUUACAGUGGGAAAUAACGAGUUACAAUAUUCUUGCAUAGAGACAAUAUUCAACAUUGGAUGUGUGCCAAUAGAAAUGACCAUUCUUCCUUCAAUACAACUUAUGUUUUUGUACUUAAUACAUCCAAAUUCUUCGCACGGAAGUAUUGCAAAAUUUUAUAUGACGGAAAUAGCUGCGGCUCACAAUACUAAAUUUUUGGUCAUCUUUGAUCGUUAUGAAAACAACUUGAUGCAGUACAUAGCUAACAACUUGGUUGCAUGUUAUGAGACGUAUUAUCCCAAUAUUGAUGUUAAGAAAACUUACAUAAAAUUGGGUUUUACACAUCGAGACUUGUAUGCAGUUAAGCAAAUGGUUAAAUAUAUAUUUCCAUGGUGCAUAAAGAAACCUACAACACGGAAAAUAUUAAGCGAAAUCGCGUCUUUAGCACAGAAAGAAGAAUGCACAUUACUCAAAGAAUCAUUCAAGUAUUGUUUUUCACAUCUACUUUUAUCUGAAGAAAAAAAUAUUUGGAAACAAGGUUGUCAACUGAUAGAAGAAAUAACUAAUACUCCGUUGAAACAUUUAAUUCGACUGUCGUAUACACCGAUAAUUGCCGAAAUACUGACAUAUCUACACUCAAAAAACGAACAGGCCAAAGAAGCUAUAAAAAUGAUACAAGUUUAUGAUGUUUUGUACACGGAAAAAAAUAAUGCCUCUGUAUUCAAUUUUGCGGAAUUUCUUUCUCCAAGAUUUCUAGGUCUCUUAAUGGUCUUAGAAUCAAGAUUAAUAAAAAAUUCGCCUGAUUCAAUCAAAGAAAACAUUUUACUCUCUCUAGGCGAUAUUUUCAAGUUGAUGGGUAGUCGUUACGUUACACCUGCUAGGUUUAAAAUUCUGGCCAUGUUGCGCACAGCCAUUUCUUUGAAAAGUAGUACAUUUGUGUUUUUAGGAUUGAAGGCUUGGGACUCAUUUAUUCAUUGUGUUCACAUGGAAGCGUUAGGACCAAUGUUAAGCACUAUAUUUGUAUCCAUUAUGCCGUUACUCGAUAUCUAUCCAAAUAAAGUAGCCAAUAUGUUUUACUUUAUGAUUAAAGAAAAUCAAUCACAUCUUAAACAACAUAUAGCAGAGCUGUACUUUUUAGAACCACAUCCAGCUAACCCUGUAGUGUACGAUAUUGUUCAACAGUACGCCAAAUCUAUGUUUAAACAGCCACUGCAUAAACUAUUAAUGUGGUUAUUGGAUAUUGUCACACAUAAAACAUUAGAAGUAAAAUUGCACGGUUUAAGAAGACUUCACAAUGAACUUUCAGCUCAACAGUCGGAAGUCACAAAAUUAAUUUUAUCCAGUGAAAAUGUCAAUUCAGUAGUUAUUAAGUUAUUGGAAGUCCUGACUGAGAAUUUAAGACAUCAAGACAAACGAGUGAGACUUGCUAGCAGUGAAUGUUUAGGAAAAAUCGGAGCUCUCGAUCCAAGUUAUUUACCGAAUAAUAUCAUUAAAAAAGGUCAAGAAAAAAAAUGUCCGCUAGAUAUAAAAAGCAAUUUAUUUGCAAUUCGAGCGUUAACAGUUCUAGGACAAGGUUUGCAAUCGGCCAGAAAUUCAAGACACAUGGAUUCUUUUGCAGUUGCUAUACAACAAAUUUUACAAGCUUACAACGUACAGAAAAAUGCUGUGAUCUGGUCGGCAAUUCCCAGUACAUUGCACGAAGUCAUAGAUCCCUUGUCUUCGUCCAGGUACACUCUCGAAUCAGAACAACAACAAAGUGGAAUACCUCAUCCUAUAUUCGGUUCUACAAAAAGUGUCACCUUGAACAUUUGGGCAUAUAAUUGGGUAAAUCGUCUUGUGCCUUUGAUAACCGAUUCAAAUGCUCAGCAAACAUUCAUAUACUGUAAAUCAAGUAUAAGAUCUGAUAAUGAAGCAAUGCUUUUGUUUUUACCUUAUAUCCUUCUUUAUGCUAUACAAAGUGCAAACGAUAGUGAUGGUAACUUAAUUUACGAGGAAUUAUUAGCCGUAAUCAAUAAUGAUUUAGAAGAUGUAACAUCGAGCAAUAAUAAAAACCAAUCGGUACCAGGCAACACCCAGUUAAGCGGUCGACAAAUUGCGUUAGAAUAUGAAAGUGCUGAAACUGUCGAACAACAAAAUGAAACCACUACACGUGUGGUGUAUGUGAAAACAGCUUUUACAUUGUUUGAUUUUUUGUUUAAAUGGACCCGAGAACAAAAAGCUUCGAAAAACGAAAUUCAUAAACCAGUUUCAAAUUUUUUAUCUCGUUUUUGUAAGCUAAAAUUGGCUGAAAAAUCUUUAGAAUACGAUGAGUACCCAAGAGCUCUUAUGUACCUUGAAGAUUAUAUAAAUGAAAAUAAAAAUAAACUUCAAGAUCAUUUACCUUCACUUUCCAGAAUAUAUUCCAAACUGAAUGAUGCGGAUAGUUUGAAAGGUAUCAUUGCCGUACAUUAUAAUGACCCGUCGCCGGAAGAAAUGAUACUUUUACACGAAGUUAAUGGACAGCUGCAAGAUGCUGCAGCUUGUUAUGAAAAAUUUGCUCAGAUGUCUUCAGACCCAAGUUUAGAAUAUCAUAAAGGUAUGGUGAAAUGCUAUUUGGGAAUAGACCAACCAUUUACAGCAUUAAAAAUAGCAGAAGGUUUAACGAAUGUCAAUUCUGAUUACAAAAAUGCAUUGUUCGGGGAAAAAGCUGAGGCAAUUUGGAGUCUUAUGAAGUUUGAUGAGUUGGAAGACGUUCUUGUUUUAAAACCACCGAGUGCCAUUGAGAGCUGGGGAGCAUGCAUUGGUCAAGCCUUGGUAUUUUUCUUACACAAAGAUCAAACUGGCGUACAAAAAGAAAUUUUGUCUAUUACAAAUAUUGUUAUGGAGUCAUUGUAUAAAACUAUGGUCGGAUCGGCUGGUUACAAGGAAGCAUAUCCGUUUAUCGUUAAGUUACAUAUCCUAAACGAAAUGGAACAAAUAUUUAACACUAUAUUACACAUUACCAAUGGAGAUAACAACGCUAUGGAUAAAUUAAAAGAACUAAUCACGUAUGAAAUGGAUGAAAGACUGCAGUGUUUACAACCUCAGGCGUAUGUCUUGCAACAAGUUCUGUGUAUGCGACGAGUCGUAUUGACUGCCGCCCAGAAAUUGGUCUCUGAUGAACUAAAGCCUAUCAUUAACCAUCAAAUUGGUAUCAGCUGGUUGAAGAGUAUAAAGGUUGCGAGAAAGUCGUUGAAUUUUCAACAAGCGUAUUCUAACAUUUUGGCUGCCGAAAAAUACAAGCCAACUGGGUUGUUUUUAGAAAAAGCCAAGUUGUUAUGGAAAAAAUCUGAUCAAGGUCAAGCCAUUUCUACUUUGAAAAAAGGUGUUAAUGCGUUGUUUCCUAAUUUGGCGACAGUCAAUAUGAUACCUUGUGACGAAAAAGUAGAAGAAAGAAAAACGUGUGCGUCUGCCUUACUGUUAUUGUCUAAGUACAAUGACAAAACAGCUAAUGUUGAUAUGGAAACAAAUUUAGUAAAUAUCGAAAGUGCGUACAAAAUGUUUGAGAUGUGGGAAAAAAGUCUUGUACGUUUUGCUCACUACCAAGACCGUCUACUAAAUACUAUGGCACCCCAAACAUAUUAUACAAAAGGAUUAACUCUGAUUAUUAACGUUGUAAAUUGUUAUGGGAUGUCGUUGCAAUAUGGCUGUGAGUAUAUCUAUCAGUCUAUGCCAAAAUUAUUGAGCAUUUGGUUGGACUUUGGUAGCGAUCUCAAUAGAGAUAUAAAAAAGAAAAAUAACAAAACAUCAUUGUAUUUAAUCGAGCGAAAAAGAGCAUUUACAAAAAUGAUAAAACUUAUUGAAGGAUUUGUCAUGCGACUGCCAACGUUUAUGUUUCUAACUGCAUUUUCUCAAAUUACAUCGAGAAUAUGCCACCCAAUGGAUGAAUGUUUUAAGACAUUAACUGAUAUAAUUGUCAAAUGUAUACUUGACUAUCCUAAUCAUUCAUUAUGGAUGCUCAUGACAUUGCAUAAAUCGCCAUUUAAUGUAAGAGUAUCGAGAUUUAACGCCAUAUUGAAAAAUCCUCAAUUAAACAAAGUGAAAAAAUUGCUUUUGAAUUUUCAAGAACUAUUUGAAAAUUUAUCAGAAUUAUGCAAUUCAAGCCCUCAAAACGUUCCAGUCGGUGUCAACUUUUCAUUACAAAAAAUAGCGAAAAAUUUACCGCGGUUGUUGACUAAUGGUUACUUUAGCAAUAUAAUGGUACCAGCUCAAAAGUUUCGUACUUUGGUGUUGCCACGUAUAAAGGCCAAUUGUAAUGCCAAACAUAACCCAUUUCCAGAAGAUCUAGUUUAUAUCAAUGGAAUUAAAGACGAAGUGUAUAUAUACAGUUCACUACAGAAACCAAAACGUAUUAUCAUACAAGGUUCGGACGGCAACGAAUACCCAAUGAUGUGUAAACCCAAAGAUGACAUACGAAUUGAUUCGAGACUAAUGGAAUUCAAUACCAUUGUUAAUAUGUAUUUAAAGCGCGAUCCAGAAGCCAGAGAUCGAAAUCUUUACAUUAAGACUUACAGUGUGGUACCGAUGAUUCUUGAUUGUGGUUUAAUCGAAUUGGUUCAGAACGUGGUUACGAUGCGAAGUGUGAUUUUAAACAAUUACGAAGCAGUUGGAAUAAAAAUAUCAAAAUCAACUUACCAAGGGUUGAUUAGCAAUAUCAAGGAUCCUUUGGAUAAAAAACGAUCAAUAUUCUUAAAUAAAGCUUUACCAAAUCAUCCACCCGUGUUUAGAAAUUGGUAUCUUAAAGAGUUUCCCAGUCCCGGAGAAUGGUAUGUGGCUAGAAACGAAUUCACUAGAACGACUGCAGUUAUGUCUAUAGUCGGUUACAUACUGGGACUCGGUGAUCGUCACGGGGAAAAUAUUCUAUUAGAUUCUACAAAUGGUGGAGUGGUUCACGUUGAUUUCAAUUGUUUGUUUAAUCGGGGAGAAAAAUUUGAGUGGCCUGAACGUGUACCGUUUCGUCUGACGCACAAUAUGGUGGACGCAAUGGGAACUGGCGGUCUGGAAGGAAUGUUGUCGAGUGCUUGUGAAAUAACAAACCGUGUAAUGCGGUCUCAUACCGAGCAGCUGGUUAGUGUACUCAAACCGUUCUUAUAUGAUCCGUUAGUAAUGUGGACCGGUCAGAAUACUAAAGCUGACGAAAAUUCCGAAAUGACAAAUGAUCAAGCCAAAGAACAUUUAAACAAUAUUGAAUUAAGACUCCAAGGUUAUGUAAGAGCCAAUUUGAAAAAUUCGUCAAUGGCACUUUCAGUGGCUGGUCAGACGCGUAAGCUUAUCGAAGAGGCUACUUCUGUUGAUAAUUUAUGUCAAAUGUACAUUGGAUGGAGUGCUUUCCUAUAGUGAUUACUGUAUUGGUAAUAUUACUAUAAACAGUUAAGUUUUGUAAGUUAUAUUUGGUUUAUAUUAUUUUUUUAUUUUUAUACUUUGUUUUUAUACAAUAAUAAAAAGGUAUAUUCUAGUUAUAAA